AAUAAUUCAGUAAUAUAACUAGAAUUGUUAUUAUAAAUGUGAAAAUAAGAUUGCCACGUUUUUGCUUUUCCAAAGUAAGGGCAACAAUAGUAAUGCAUAUAUACUGGGAUAUAGGGACAGCAGCCUCCCAUUUAAUGCCCUGCAGACAUAAGAUAUAAGAUUUUCAAGGAAUGCCUUGCAACACCUCCCAGAAAAUCUCUUUUUAUAAGCUUCUUUAUGAUAUAGUUCAGAAAAACUAGAGAAGAGUGUAACACAAAACAUAAUCUUUAAAUGUCGUAGAUAUUGGUGCACAGAGAAAGCUGUAAAAAGAUGUUUGCCCAUCUUGACUUGGCUACCAAAGUACAGUAGAAUAGAUCUAAAAGGUGACAUAAUUGCAGGUGUUACAGUUGCGCUUACAGUCAUUCCACAAGGCUUAGCCUAUGCUCAGUUGGCAUUACUUCCUCCACAGUAUGGUUUAUACACGGCAUUUAUGGGAUGUUUUGUUUAUAUGAUAUUCGGAAGUUCCAAAGAUUUGACCAUCGGACCAACUGCUGUUCUGUCAUUGAUGAUAUCAGAAUAUGUCUAUAUUGGUGGCAUACCUUACGCCAUUCUUCUAUCAUUUUUUUGUGGUUGUAUACAAUUGAUUAUGGGAUUAUUAAAUCUUGGAUUUUUUAUAAAUUUUGUCUCUGCUCCAGUAUUAAGUGGCUUUGUAUCUGCUGCUGCUAUAAUAAUUGCUAUAAAUCAACUAAAGGGAUUAUUUGGACUUUCUUACAAGUCUCAUGGAUUUAUUGACACUGUGUAUAAAUUUUUUGUAAAUAUUCAUACUACUAAUUAUUGGGAUUUUCUUAUGGGUUCAAUUUGCAUUGUGUUGCUUCUUCUCAUGCGGCAUUUCAAGGACCGAAAAAUAAAACAGGAAUCCAAAUUACCAUUAACUGUAAGAAAGUUGUUCGACAGUGCUUGGUGGACGAUCGCCACCGGAAGAAAUGCCUUACUUGUUGUCAUUUCUGCCAUCGUAGCAUAUUUGCUGAUUGCAUUCGAUAAAAAUGCCUUGACUCUAACGAAAGAAGUUGAAGCAACGCUUCCGUCUUUCUCUUUUCCUCAAUUUACUUUGACUAUUUAUCAUAAUGAAACACAAAUCUUGACAUAUAAAUCAUUUUUUCAAGUUAUUUCCGAUCUUGGUUCUGGAAUCAUUGUUAUUCCUUUUGUGUCUGUUAUCGAAGCCAUUGCUAUUGCGAAAGCAUUUUCAAAGGGUAAAAAAUUAAAUGCUACUCAAGAAAUUAUUGCCUUAGGUUUUUGUAAUGUUUUUGGAUCAUUUGUAUCUUCAUAUCCGACAACUGCUAGCUUCUCUAGAUCUGCAAUUAAUAAUGCAAGUGGUGUUAGAACUCCUUUAGGAGCAAUCUUCACAGGGUGCCUUGUAUUGUUUGCACUUGGUAUAAUAGCACCAUUCUUUAAAUACAUUCCUAAAGCGUGUUUGUGUGCAAUCGUCUUCAGUGCUGUAAUCUUUAUGGUUCAUUAUCAAGAUGUUAUAUCUAUCUGGAAGACAAAUAAAAUAGAUCUUCUACCGUUAUCUGCGACAUUUAUAUGUUCUUUCUUGCUAGGCUUAGAGUUUGGAAUUCUGAUUGGUGCAGCAAUUUCUUUACUGAUUUAUUUGUAUCAACAGUCGCAAUUGAAGAUGAAUAUUAACGUGUCAAUGUUACCGGAAGGUAUUACUUGUAUGUAUGUUAAACCAGAUAAAAAUAUUUUAUAUCCAUCUAUUGAAUAUGUAUCAUCUAAAUUAGCAAAAGAAUUAUCAGUUGCAGAAUCAUUGCCCGAAGUAAUCAUCUUCGAUUGUAAAUAUAUUACAAAAGCAGAUUAUACAACGUCGAUGGGCUUCAAACAUAUUGUAGACUCUUUAAAAUCGCAAGACAUUUUGUUGAUCUUCACCAAUUUAACGAAUCAAGUAGAGAAAAUACUUGUAGGUUCUUGUCCCGCUUAUUUUCAUCAUUGUAGAUCCGAAUCGGAAAUCAAAUCGUGUAUUAAUGAAAGUAUUGUUUCAAAACAGAACAAAGAGAAACAGGAUAUUAAAAUAAAUGUUCCAUUAAACGGAACAGUAUCGUCAAUUGUUACUCCACACCAAAGAAAUUCGAAGACACGGGACCAAAUAGAAACGACGGAUCCGGUAAAUCAAACACUUCUAUCCGAAGUCGUAACCGAAGACAAAAGUACAGUUUUAUAAUGUGGAAAUUAUCACAUUAUGUGUUUUUUAAUUUUAUAAAUUUUCUAUCGUUGACUCAUUUUAGUAAAUUUUAUUUAAAAAAAUUAAAAUUCUAAUUUUUGGGUUUAGCAGUAUUCCUGAUUUUAAUUUUUUAAAAUUUUAUACAAAAUAUAUUAGUUGAAUAUAAUUGGAUUUUUAUAAGGUAAUGCAGUUUUUCAGGUUGUUAAAAUUAUGUAAAUAUAAAAAUUUUGUUUCUAUUUUUAUACAAAAAAUCUGUAAAAUCUUUUAAACAUUAAAAAGUUAACAUCAAAUAAACCUGAAACUGAUGCAUAUUUUAUUAUAUUUAAAAUCUUCCGUUAUAAACAUCAUUAUUUAAUUCUAAGAAGUGAACAUCUGUUAACAAAUAGAAUAUUCGAAAGUCAAUAAAAUUUUCAUCUGUUCAAUGUUGCUUAAUUUCUAAGUAUACUGUAUAUUCUAUUAGAAAAUUAUUUCCUUGUAUAAUUCUUUCUACAUAUAUCAAUUUUUGAGAAAUA